UGAGAGGGUGUAGGCGGGGCUUGGAGAGUGGGCUCCCUGUACGCAGGCGCAUUGAUUGUCGCGAGUGGUGGCUCCGGGUGACCGGGCUGCCUACGAGGAACAGUGUCAGUAGCAGCAAUGGUGAAGAAACGGAAAGGCCGGGUGGUGAUAGACUCCGACACCGAGGACAGCGGCAGCGACGAGAACUUGGACCAGGAGCUGCUGUCCUUAGCCAAGCGCAAGAGGAGUGAUUCAGAAGAGAAGGAACAGCCAGUAAGCAAACCGACCGCAACCUCAGACUCUGAGACCUCCGACAGUGAUGAUGAGUGGACAGUCACAGGCCAAUCAAAAAACAAGAAAAAAGGGAAACCUGGCAAAGGAGGGGAGAAGAAGGGAGCAAUGAAGAAACAGGCUAACCGGGCAGCAUCUUCCGGCAGCUCUGGCAAGGAAAGUUCUGCGGAGAGCUCUGCUCCAGAAGAAGGUGAGGUGUCGGAUUCUGAUAGUAGCAGCUCAUCCUCCAGUUCUGAUUCGGAUUCCACAUCUGAAGAUGAAGAGUUCUGUGAUGGCUAUGGGGAGGACUUUAUGGGGGAUGAAGAAGAUCGGGCUCGACUUGAGCAGAUGACUGAGAAAGAGAGGGAACAAGAACUGUUUAAUCGGAUAGAAAAGCGAGAAGUGCUUAAGCGAAGAUUUGAAAUAAAGAAAAAACUGAAAAAUGCAAAAAAGAAAGAAAAGAAAGAAAAAGAUAAAAAGAAGAAGCACGAUGAAGAACAGGAGAAAAAGAAACAAACACAGGUCUUGGAGGCACAGUUACAGGUAACUUCACAUAAUAAAGAAAGGCGGUCAAAGCGAGAUGAAAAGUCGGACAAGAAAUCUCAAGCAAUGGAAGAAUUGCGAGCAGAGCGAGAGAAGAGGAAGAAUAAGACUGCAGAGUUGAUUGCCAGAAAACAGCCUCUGAAGACCAGUGAGGUAUAUUCUGAUGAUGAAGAGGAAGAAGAAGAUGACAAGUCUAGUGAAAAAAGCAAUCGAUCUUCCAGAUCUUCUUCUUCUUCUUCUGACGAAGAUGAAGAGACUGUAGAGAUUCCACCAAAAUCUCUGCCUGUGUCUCUGCCAGAAGAGCUCAACAAGGUUCGCUUGUCUCGGCACAAAUUGGAACGUUGGUGUCAUAUGCCCUUUUUUGCAAAGACGGUCUCAGGCUGUUUUGUGCGGAUAGGCAUUGGAAACCAUAACAGCAAACCUGUAUACAGAGUCGCAGAAAUUACCGGAGUGGUAGAAACUGGAAAGAUAUACCAGUUGGGUGGGACAAGGACAAAUAAAGGCCUACAGUUACGGCAUGGCAAUGACCAGAGGGUUUUCCGAUUGGAGUUUGUCUCUAACCAAGAGUUUACAGAAAGCGAGUUCAUGAAAUGGAAAGAGGCGAUGUUUUCUGCUGGCAUGCAGCUUCCCACUCUUGAUGAAAUUAAUAAGAAGGACGUAUCAAUUAAAGAAGCCAUGAACUAUAAAUUUAAUGACCAGGAUAUUGAAGAUAUUGUAAAGGAAAAGGAACGGUUUAGAAAAGCUCCUUCAAAUUAUGCCAUGAAGAAAACGCAGCUUUUGAAGGAUAAGGCAAUGGCAGAGGAAGCUGGAGAUCAAGACAAAGCUAAGCAGAUUCAAGAUCAUAUGAAUGAACUAGAGGAGCGGGCUGAAGCUUUGGAUCGGCAGCGGACAAAGAACAUCUCUGCCAUUAGUUAUAUAAACCAGCGAAACAGAGAAUGGAACAUUGUGGAGUCUGAGAAGGCUUUAGUGGCAGAGAGUCAGAGCAUGAAGCAGCAACAGAUGGAUCCCUUUACUAGAAGGCAAUGCAAGCCGACCAUGGUGUCUAAUUCCAGGGAUCCUGCCGUCCAGGCAGCCAUUAUUGCUCAGCUGAAUGCAAAGUACGGUUCUGGAGCCAGCACUGAUGCAUCCAAAGAUAACGGCACGGCUCAAAGCAAGGAUAAAGAUGGAAACACCAUGUCAGCCAGCGACCUCUCAGAAGACCUGUUUAAAGUGCAUGAUUUUGAUGUAAAGAUCGACCUACAAGUUCCCAGUUCAGAAUCGAAAUCUCUUGCCAUCUCCUCAAAAGCACCACCAGCAAAGGACGGAGCCCCACGCCGCUCUCUGAACCUGGAGGACUACAAAAAAAGGAGAGGACUUAUCUGAGCCCGGCCAGCAUGCUGCUGACCUUGCAUGCCCCAUUUUGUAAUCCUUCCCUGUUGUUUUUACCAUCGUGUGUCUGGAGCAGUAGCACCGCUGGGAACUGAUUCUGCGUAACUAAUACUGACGUCACAUGACACCUUACUUUGCUCAUUGUUCCGUGGCUUCCACUUACUGUGGAUCUUUCGUUAUCCUUACAGUUGCCCAUCUAUCUACGUAUAUAUUGCUUUUCCACAAGCUAGCCGUUUCAUGGCUAAGCCUUCAAAUGUAAAUGUGAUCCCUGCAGUAAACCAACACUACAUAUCCUCUGGUUCCUGUCUGCAUCAACACCUCCAGGUUCUUGAUUCUGGCAGUUACUUGGCAGGUCUCUUCUCCAAGAAAUGGCACUUGAGGGAUAUGCAUCCGUUUCCAUCCAUUAAGGUUUUCGUGGUGGACAGACAUCAGAUAUUUAUUUUUUUAUAAUUUUUUUUUUUAUUAUGAGCAGCCAUAGUGUUUCUGUCCUGAUGUGCUUUUGCUGACUUUGCAUGCUCCGUUUUUUCCCCACUGUUUCCGGAGCAGCAGCAGCAGAUCUGGUGAUAGACUCAGCCUUGUAUCAUAAACUUACGGACUUUAUGGGACUGUUCACUUGGCCACUCUUUUGGGACACCCUCCGUUUCUCUUUGGUUGUCUAUUUUCCCAAACCUUUAUCCCAUUUUUGUUUUUUCCUGCAAGCCUGGUGUUCUAUUGCUCAGUAUUACAAUGGAGAUUUGAGCUCUAUACGCAGCAAACCCUACAUAAAGCGCUCUGCUUUCUUCUCUUUACCUUCAGAGAGGGUUAAGGGCCCCUCCAACUCCGCUGCUGUGUAUGACAUUAAAGAGACUGCCUCCAUUCCGGUUCUUACAAAGAAAGGAGCCUAGAAUGUGCUGUCGUUGAUGCAGCUUCCUCUUCACGGUAUGUUUUUGGCGGGCAGGUUUCAGGAAGAUUCUUUUUAGCUGCAGUACGGUCCUGUCUGUCCUGGCUGUUUGGAAAUACAUUUAAAAGCUGUAAAUGAGAAAAUGAAACUGUAAAGAAGAAACAAAUUAAAUAUGGUUCUCCUUAUGAAAACGGGAGUCGAUGAGCAUUUACUCCACGACAGAAAUAUGCGAGUCACAAGUCGACAGAGGAGGUAAAUGAGUGUUAAAAUCAGCAUUGUGAUAGAUUACAUUUGUGGUCAUAACUUGCACAGUUCAAUUUUCGUAUAUCUGUUGUGGAAUGAUUGCUAAACAGUAUAUGCAAAUGUAUGAACAGCGGCCAGAGUGGUGAGCUGGAAAAGCAUACCGGUAAUAAAGAGUGUUACUCCAUCUGUUGCCAUCA